AUGGCGCGAAAAAGAGGACGUCGGCAUUCGAGGACCCGUGGCGGGGGGGGCGGCAAGCUCUGGUCAGGAAACAAGCUUGGUGCUUUGCACGCAGAAGAGUCAAAAAAGAUCCAAGCCCAGCUGAAAGAGCUUCAUUAUGGGAAAAAGGAUUUGAUUUUUAAGGCACAACAGCUAACAGAUCUGGAGCAAAAACUAUCUGUUGCAAAAGACAAAUUGGAAAACGCAGCCCUUGACCAAGAGUCCCAGCUGAAAGCUCUGAAGGAGACUGUGCAGCUUUGCCUGUGCUCCGUUCUGCGCAGUCAGCCUCCCGCAGCGAGUCUGAUCUCCUCCAAACCAGCUGAGAAGCUGCCUUCCUCCAAUGCAAAGGGCUCCCAAGCCCCAUCCCAAGGCACAAGCACCAAGGUCUGGCAAAAUGUCUCAGCAAAGAAAGAGAAUUUUCAUGUGGCCUUGAAAAAGGAAGAAAAUCAAAGCACCCAGGAGUGUGAUUCUCAAGAUGUUGCCAAGACAUGUUUGGGGAAUCAUAAUAAUUCAACAUCUCGUUUGAAAGCAGCAGAAACAGAGACAAGCUUUCAGAAGUUUCAUAGCCCUCCAUGGACUAAACCUGAAGAUGAAAAAUCACCUGAAAAAAAAGAGAAAAAAUAGGAAGCAUCUGUUAGUACUCCAGAAUAAAAACUCUAAAUGCUACUAACCUACAUGGAAAAAUGCCAAUCACUUCCAUUUUCAUGUUCUGCUAGCACAAAGGCAUGAAAUGUCCCAGGUUUCUAAAGCAUGGAUUUUUCACUGUUUUAUGAAUGUCUGUAAAUUAGUCUAGAACAGACCAGUUAGUACCUUACAGCAAUAAUCCAAAAUUGAUGUUUGAAGAAGUGCUUUGUAAUGCAGUCCAGUUUUUGAACUCUUGUUCUACCUUAUCAGUAAUUGUAUACUAUAAAUUACCUUCUUUGUAAACAACAGUCAUUCUCAAGUAUAUUUCUCACUGUUUUAUUUCAUGCAAUUUUGUGGCAGAUUAGAUUCUAAUAUUAAGAGGCAGUCAAUGUGGAGGGGGGGAAGGAUUCAGUGUAACCAUAUUUGAAGUACAAUCCUCAAGUGCAACUGUAAAAAGAGAACUCUGUCUGGGGGUCCAUCUAUUCUUACCUUUUAGUAAUUUCAUCUCAAAUCCACUUACUUACACAAUAAAAUAGGUUUAUUUUGUUCUUUUUUUCCUCAGUGCUAUCUUAACUAGUUCAUUUCUGAACACGGAAAAGCUGACAGAAUUGGAUUUUAAGGGAUGGAGAUAGAGAGGAUCAUUACUUUAAGGAUUCAAGCAAAAAAACUUGCAGGUGGUACUGAGUUCCAGUUUCAUAGCUUGGAUGGCAGCCAUGGGACAUCAGUUUAAUCCCUUGUAUUUGUGCUGAUCUCAACAGGAUGAAAUAUACUUCAAAGGGUAAAGCCCUGUUUUGUCCACUACAGUUGGCCUUUGAUCACUCCAUCAGGGAGGACUGACUGGAGUCAGCUCUGUCGCUCAUGGAGUCUUUCAGUUUCUCCUUAGUCACACUCUAUGACAAGAAAGCAGAAAAGAAAGGGAGGAGAAGAGAGAAUGCUUUUCUUUGUGGGUGUAUGUCAUUAUUGGUCUAAUUUAAGAAUUCAUAUGCCAUAUCUUUUUGAGAUGCAAAUCUUUCAAGAGUGGUUGGAAUAGUAAACUGCCUGAUGCAAUGCUAUCUAUCCCUAGCAAAAAGUGUUUUAAGCAUUUGUAACUUGUAAAACUUGUAAACUUCCACCUUUGUCUUAAUGCACACCUCAGCACAUUUUUUAUUAGAUUUGAAGUAGUUAUAAUAAUAUACUUUGUCUUGCUUUGUAUAAGUUUAAAAGCAAAUAGACAAAUCUUUUAUUAGA